UUUGUCUUUCCUCCUCCCUUCAUUUCCGUAAAGGCCUAUAAAGAGUGCCGUAGCCUCACGCUCCCUUCCCUGUGCUUCCGCUGCGACCCACCUCCACUCUCCUUCCUCCAAGAUGCUUUUCCAGCUCCCUUCCUCAGUGCUCUUCCUGGCCCUCCUUGUUCUCACGGAGGCCUCUCAGAACCAUGGCGCCCACCUCGCAAAUAUGCGUCGCCGCCAUCUCAACCCCCGUGCUUCUGCCGGAGUAUCUGAGCUAGCUACGCCUACACGCUCCGUGGCCUCACGCCGUCGCGCCUGCAAGGCGAAGUCAUCGAGCGCUCUCUCCUCCUCAUCCGCCCCCACCUCCUCCUCCGCUGCCGCCGCUGGUAUCGUCAAUGUUGGCGGCUCGCCGACCACCACUUCGACCACGGACGCACACACCACGGAGACGAGCACCACUACUACCAAGCAGGCCACCCACACCAAAGCUACCCCUACCACGACCUCGACACAAGCCGCCACUACCGUCGCCAAGCAGGCAGGGGGAAGUGGUGCUUUGCCGACAGUAGCUGGGCCCGCUGGUCAAUUUGCUCCCGUCAAGCCCUCCGAUUGGCCCUCCGUUACCCAGGCCGGGGCCAAGCCGUCAUACACCGUCGCCACAUCCUCCGAUCCCUACCUCAAAGCCCUCUCUGAGGCUAUGGACAACUCGGGCAACUCGCUGUUCACAGAGGUGAAGACUGGUGGUGACAUGACCUAUUAUGGUCAAGGUCUUGGAGCAUGCGGUGACGUCUACGACAACGAGUCUUUCACCGCCGCUGUCUCUGAGAUCGUCUUUGACGCAUGGCCAGGAGCUGACGGCAGUGCCCAGAACCGUAACCCCAUUUGCGGUCCUUUCGUCCCCGGUCGUCAGGCCCUCACCGCCCAGGGCCUGAUGGCCACCACAAUCAAGUCUUCCGUCCCUGGGUUCGCUCAGGUCGGCGGAGACGGACUGAUCAACUGCGUCGGAUCCGCCGACGUGCAGUGCCACGUUCCCCUCACUGCUACCGUCACACACGGCAGCAAGAGCAUUCAAGUGCGAAUCGUCGACCGAUGCGUUGGCUGCAAACCCAACGACAUCGAUCUCACGCCUGCUGCAUUUGCGGCUCUUGCGGAUCCGGCACUUGGGCGCACUAGCGUCACCUGGCAGUUCAACAACUGGUAGACGCAGUCUGGCCUACGCAUAUAGCGCCGGCUGGUUGUGUGCUUCUUAUCCGGCUGUGCUUUUUGCACUGCACAGCGAUUAGACUGUUUAUGCGGGGGAUGCCAGUCCAGGCCAGUUCUGUACGUGGAGCACUCUCCCGGUGACCAGCUAGACGCGUCGUGCAUUGCUGGCGAUGCAUCCCGCGUUCUGAUCGUUAUUCUUUUUUACUGACGACUACUGGAUUUGUUGUUAAAUAAUGUUACAUAAAUAGAGCUGUUCAGCAGUCGUUUCAAACACGAUUUUUAGCUAGUAGUUUGUAAAAUAUGAGUGGAGCUUAGGAAAAUCUGAGUUGCAAACAAUACCGGAUGAACGCCGGG